CGCAAGAUGCACCCCUGACAUCCACAUUCCUUUUUAUUUCGGUCGAUUCGAUUCAACUCAACACACUCCUUUACAACCAGAUACUCCUAUCACCUAUGCGCCGCCAAUCCAUGCCGCCCCCAUGUUCGUCCUCCCUGUGCGCGCCCUCCUCCGCCUCGCCCUGGCCGUGCUGCUGCCCCUCGCCCUGACGAGCACGCUGUAUCUGUACCUCUACCCGGUUGUGCACGGCUGCGCGUUCCCUCGUCCCGGUGAUCCCAGCCCCGAUGGCCAUCCCCUCCUCCACCCCCCGCACCUGUCGGCGUCUUUCCGCGCGACGCUACCCCCAGUUAGAAGGCACCACCUCCCUUCCCCCCCCUCCCAACGCCUCCCCGCCCGUCUCCGCUCCUACUACUUCGACCUCCUCUCCCAACUCUCCCACCAACCGUCCCGCAUCCCCCGCACCCUCCGCUCCGUCCUCCGCGCCCUCCUGGCGGAAGAUAUCCCGCGGGCUUUGCGCGGCCUGCGCAAGCGGCUCGAUCUGUUGGGAAAUGACUACUACCUGGCCCAUGUCUUUCGCGCCAUGUGGUGGUGGAGUAGGCCGACUCAUGUUACCGUGCUGGGGGAUUUGGUGGGGAGUCAGUGGGUUGGCGAGGAGGAGUUUGGUUGGAGGGGGGAGAGGUUCUGGGGGAGGGUUUUUGGGGGGAUGAGCAAAUUACAAUCGUUUUCAACUGGUUUGGGGGAUAUUGGGGAGAGGGAUACUGGGGAGGGGAAUCCUGGGGAAGGGGAUACUGGGCAUACUGGGCAUACUGUCGAAACCCUCGGGGCCGACGCCGACUGGUCCCACCGCAUCAUCAACGUGGUCGGGAACCACGAUGUCGGGUACGCGGGGGACGCGAGCGAGGCGCGCAUCGCUCGCUUCGAGCGGGUGUUUGGGCCGGGGAAUUGGGAUGGGCGGUUUGAAUUGCCCGGUUCUUCCUCCUCUUCCGGUGAAAGUGGUGAAAACCCCCCCAGCAUCCACCUCAUCAACCUCAACAGCCUCGUCCUCGACACCCCCGCCCUCUCCCCCACCACCCAAUCCGCCACCUACAACUACCUCAACGCCCUCCUCACAGAAAGAAGCCACCCCGUGGAAGACCGCCAAAGCUUCACCCUCCUCCUCACCCACCUCCCGCUGCACAAGAAAGCGGGCGUGUGCACCGACGCCCCCUACUUCAGCUUCCAUGACGAGGACGACGAGAAAGGCGGGGAUGGCGGGCCGCGGUUCUACAAGGGCGGGUUGAAGGAGCAGAAUCAUUUAAGCGAGUAUGUUAGUGGGAAUGCGGUCUUGGAGGGCGUGUUUGGGAUGACGGGGGAGGAGGGCGCCGUGGAUGCGGGCAGGGGAAUGGGUUGGGGGAGGAAGGGGCUGAUUUUGACGGGGCAUGAUCAUACGGGGUGUGAUGUUGUGCAUUUUGUUAGGAGGAUUACUGGGGAUGGGGAUGAAGAUGAGAAAGAGGAUGAUGAUGAAGAAGAAGAAGAAGAAGGAGAAAAAAAGAGCUGGAAAUGGGACGCAGUCCGAUACCAGGGCAGCGUCUCCGCUCCUGCUCCUUAUGAUUCUUCUUCCCACUCCAACUCUACCUCCUCUGAGGCCGCGCCCGCCAUCCGCGAAGUCACCAUGCGAUCCAUGAUGGGCGAGUACGGCGGAUACGCGGGCCUCCUUUCAGUGUGGUUUGAUCACGACCGCGGCGAGUGGGAGUACGCCAUCCAGAUGUGUGCGGCGGGCGUGCAGCAUAUCUGGUGGGCGGUGCAUGUGUUGGAUCUGGUGACGCUGGGGCUGGGGGUGGUUGUUUUGCUGAUGGGGAGGAAGUCUGGCUCUGGCUCUGGCUCUGGAUCUGGAUCUGGGUUGAAUCAUCCAGCAUAG